CUGAAUACCUCGCAGUUAUUUUGCUCUCCUCACGUCGCAUAGACGCACCCUUAAUACAACUCCUCGAAAAAACGUCCCCGCCACUGGAUACGUAGGCAGGGGGCUGUGCAUGGCGGAAAAUUGUCGGCGUUUCGUCACCUUCCCGUCAGGCACCAGAUCAUACUGAACACCAAUCUCGACUCCAGCCACACUCCAAGCUGGCAAGACGUCCGCGCCUACGUAAAACAUCGCAUCCCCUUCUCCCUCUCCUCCCGCAGCGCCUUUCGCCUUUCACUCACGGCAUCCGAACCCUGAUGCCCGUCUAAUCCCAUCGUCGACGAGCGAUCUACCGACCUGCUCCUCUCCUCUCGUCCCCUUCCUUCCCCCGACUCGCCCCCCAUGGGUAUAUCAAGACGUCCCAAAAAUAAGGGCGCUCAGAAUGCGGGUGCGUCUGGCGCCGCUGGCAGCGCGAAGCCCAAAAAGGCCACCUUCGAGACGACCAAGAAGAAGGAGAUCGGCGUGUCCGAUCUGACCCUCCUGAGCAAGGUGUCCAACGAGGCCAUCAACGACAACCUCAAGAAGCGCUUCGAAGGCGCCGAAAUCUACACCUACAUCGGCCAUGUGCUGGUUUCCGUUAAUCCCUUUCGGGAUCUGGGCAUCUACACCGACCAGGUCCUCGACAGUUACAAGGGCAAGAACCGUCUCGAGAUGCCCCCCCACGUCUUCGCCAUCGCCGAGGCCGCGUACUACAACAUGAAGGCAUACCAGGAAAACCAGUGUGUCAUUAUUUCGGGAGAGUCUGGUGCUGGUAAGACUGAGGCUGCCAAGCGCAUCAUGCAAUACAUUGCCAAUGUGUCGGGCGGCGAAUCAGGCGACAUCAAAGAGAUCAAGGACAUGGUGCUGGCAACUAAUCCGCUGCUUGAGUCUUUUGGAAACGCCAAGACUCUACGAAACAACAACUCUUCGCGAUUCGGCAAAUACCUCCAGCUUUACUUCAACGCCUCUGGCGAGCCAAUCGGUGCCGACAUCACCAACUACCUCCUCGAGAAGACCCGAGUCGUGGGCCAGAUCGCAAACGAGCGAAACUUCCACAUCUUCUAUCAGUUCACAAAGGCCGCCUCUCCGAAAUACCGCGAGAUGUUUGGUCUCCAAAAACCCGAAACCUACCUCUAUACCAGCCGGUCAAAAUGCUUUGACGUCGACGGCAUUGACGAUGUGGCUGAGUUCCAGGACACUCUCGACGCCAUGAAAAUUAUUGGCCUGAGCCAACCUGAGCAAGAUGAGAUCUUUCGAAUGCUUGCCGCCGUUCUGUGGAUCGGAAACAUUCAGUUCCGAGAAGACCAGGAGGGUUACGCCGAGGUCACAGAUAGAUCCGUGGUCGAGUUUGUCGCCUACCUCAUGGAGGUCACCCCUGAUCAACUCAUCCACGCCAUCACGAUUCGUAUUUUGACACCCCGAAACGGCGAGGUCAUCGAGUCCCCGGCGAACCCGUCUCAGGCAUUGGCCACUCGGGACGCUCUAUCCAAGGCUAUAUAUAGCAAUCUCUUCGACUGGAUCGUGGAGCGCAUCAACAAGUCUCUCAAGUCAAGGCAAUCGGCUGUCAACACCAUCGGCAUUUUGGAUAUCUACGGAUUCGAGAUUUUCGAGAAGAACAGUUUUGAGCAAUUGUGUAUCAACUACGUCAACGAGAAGCUCCAGCAAAUCUUCAUUCAACUCACUUUGAAGGCCGAGCAGGAGGAGUACACCAGGGAACAGAUUCAGUGGACACCCAUCAAGUACUUUGACAACAAGGUUGUGUGCGACUUGAUUGAGCAGAUCCGACCUCCUGGUGUCUUUUCCGCGAUGAAGGAUGCAACUAAGACCGCCCACGCGGACCCAGCCGCUUGUGACCGAACCUUUAUGCAGAGCAUCAACGGCAUGUCACAUGCCCAUCUCACUCCUCGACAAGGUAACUUCAUCAUCAAGCACUACGCCGGUGAGGUUAGCUACACCGUCGACGGAAUCACAGACAAGAACAAGGACCAGCUUCUCAAGGGCCUUCUCAAUCUUUUCCAGCACAGCGGCAACCAGUUCGUGCAUACUCUUUUCCCUCACCAAGUCGACCAGGAUAAUCGAAAGCAGCCUCCCUCUGCAGGAGACCGAAUUCGAACUUCCGCGAAUGCCUUGGUCGAUACUCUGAUGAAGUGCCAGCCCUCUUACAUCCGUACCAUCAAACCCAACGAGAACAAGUCGCCGACCGAGUACAACAGCCCCAACGUAUUGCAUCAAGUCAAGUAUCUUGGUCUGCAGGAAAAUGUGCGUAUCCGUCGCGCUGGUUUUGCCUACCGUCAAGCCUUCGACAAGUUUGUGGACCGAUUCUUCCUCCUGUCGCCUGCCACGUCGUAUGCUGGUGAGUACACAUGGCAGGGGUCCCAGGAGGAUGCUGUUCGACAGAUCCUGAAGGAUACCAGCAUCCCCAAGGAGGAAUGGCAAAUGGGAGUCACCAAGGCGUUCAUCAAGGCUCCGGAAACCCUCUUUGCGCUUGAGCACAUGAGAGAUAGAUACUGGCACAACAUGGCCACCCGAAUCCAGAGAAUGUGGAGAGCUUACCUCGCCUACCGAGCCGAAUCCGCCACUCGAAUCCAGCGAUUCUGGAGGAAGAAGCGGACUGGUGCCGAAUAUCUGCAACUCCGUGACCAGGGCCACCGAGUGCUUCAGGGCCGCAAAGAGAGGCGGCGCAUGAGUUUGCUUGGCUCCCGAAGGUACCUUGGCGAUUAUCUCGGCAUCAACGCUACCAAUGGCCCUGGAGCCCAGAUUCGCAGUGCUGCGAAUAUCGGCUCGACUGAGAAGACAAUCUUCUCUUGCCGAGGUGAGAUCCUGGAGGCCAAAUUCGGUCGAUCGAGUAAACCCGUCCCGAGAGUCAUCAUUGUUACGAACAGCAAGUUUUAUGUCAUCGCCCAGAUGCUCGUCAACGGUCAACGCCAAACCAACGUCGAGAAAUCGGUGCCAUUGGGUGCGAUCAAGUUCAUUGGCACAUCGACAGCUCGCGAUGAUUGGUUUUCUCUCGGCAUCGGCUCUCCCCAAGAGCCCGAUCCUCUGAUGAACUGCCUUUUGAAGACGGAACUGUUCACCCAGAUGCAGCGAGUGAUGCCGGGUGGCUUCAACCUGAAGAUUGGCGAGACUAUCGAAUACGCCAAGAAGCCCAACAAGAUGCAGCAAGUCAAGGUCCUGAAGGAUUCUCAGCAGCCAGCGGACUACUAUAAGAGUGGUGCCGUCCAUACGCAAGCCGGCGAACCCCCUAACUCUGGUUCGAGGCCCACACCCAAGGGCAAGCCAGUUCCGCCACGACCGAUCACUCGUGGCAAGCUGAUCAAGCCGGGCGGUCCUGGAGGCCGACCGUCUCGCCUUACUGGCAGCCGAACUCCUCAAGCCCGACCCGGUGCCAGUACUAGACAAGUUCCCCAACCACCUGCCGCGGUCGCCGCUGCCGCUGCCGCUGUCGCUCCAACCCCAGCCCCAAGGCCUACGCCGCCUAGCAACCCUCGUGCUGUAGUGGCCAACGCGAUUGCUCCCGCCGCCCACAAACCCCUUGCUAAUCACACCAGAAACCAGGGCAGCACGGGUUCCGCUACUACGCGUGUGCCUCCUCCUCCGCCUCCUGCUGCUGCUCCCUCAAAGCCCAAGAUCAUGGCCAAGGUAUUGUACGACUUCUCUGGCCAGAAGGAGAACGAACUUUCCAUUGUGGCUGGCGAGCUGGUCGAAAUUGUCCAAAAAGAGAGCAACGGUUGGUGGCUAGCAAAGAAGGGACCUGGACAAGCUUGGGUUCCGGCAGCGUACGUCGAGGAGCAAGCGCCUCCUCCUGCUCCCCGUGCGCCUCCGCCUCCGCCCGCGGCCAAGACCAAGCCGGCACCUCCGCAACCACCGGCUAAACGCCCUGCCGGAUACCGCAAGCCAGCCGACCUGCAACAACGUGACUCGGGGAUGAGCCUCAACGGGGCAAAUGGGUCUGACGGCAGCCGCAGCAAUACGCCGACGCCCAGCCUUGCGGGCAGCUUGGCAGAUGCUCUGCUUGCCCGGAAGAACGCGAUGCAGAAGGAGAAGGACGACGACGAUGACUGGUAGAUGAUACGAAGUUACGCUUCACGAUCUUGAGUCAACUUAUGACGAUUUUGUCGAAUUUUUUCACACAAACACACGCGCAAGAGAAGAGAGACUUUCCAUUGUAUACAAGAUCUGAGCUGGGCAACCGAGUUUGGGAAUGCCCGGGUGGGAAGGGUCACGACUGUGUUUUUCUUGGUGCUUGGCAAGCGUAUGGGCAGGAUGUCUGGAUGCUUGGGGAGAGCAAGCACUUGUUUAUUUUCAUUUUAAAAAAACCAUCCUCCU